AUGGGCGGGAUCGACGAAGCGUCACUGGAAGCACGGAUACGAGCAGUGCUGCCAAGUGCAACUCAUGUCCAUGCACAUGCUCACUCACACCAUGCGAAACAGUCCUAUGAGGUAAUCAUCGUGUCACCUGACUUUGAGGGCAUGUCGACGCUCAAGCGGCAUCGCAAAGUCAAUGAGCUACUGGCGGACGAGAUUGCGCAAUUGCACGCGUUUACGCAGAAAUCGCUGACGCCGGAGCAAUGGUCAAAGACCAGAGUGGUCGAUGCGACGCCACAGUGA